AAGAGUUAGUUUGUUCUGCAAUUCCUGUUGGCUAACCAUUUCUUUUCCCAGGUUUUGAUGGUCACUGAAUCUUGCUUAUUAUGUUAUCCAAGUAUGAACACCAUUUUUGGGCUGAUUUCCUGAGUCAAAGAUCGGAAAUUGGUCCACCAGUUCUGAAAGUAAAUGUGGUGGAUGGAUAAAGAAUUGAAGAAACUAGGGACCAGUCAAGCUAUGUUGUUGUCUUAUCUGAAGCAAUGGGCUGACAUGCCACACGUUUAACUUCUGUGUCUGGUUAUGAAGAACAUGGUUUUCAAUUGCAUCCAUCACCACUCACUCAGCUUCACUGUGAGGAUACCAUUCAAUGGUCAAUGUGAACAGAUACUAAUCAGCCAAAACACAACUACUGAUUACUGAGACCAACACUCUUAUAUCCGUCUAAGUGUAAUAACAUCAAACAGUAUGAAUCAUGUGGUGUUAACAGUGUGACCAAAUUCGUUUUGAUUCAACGUGAUAUGUACCGUUUUUAUGUUUUUUAAAUUGGGUCCAGAUUAAAAUUUCCCAAAUGAAAAUGAAAGUUCCGUAUUUGGAAAGUGGACUGACUAUGGUAGCAUGUAAAAAUCUUGUGUGAGUUCUGGGACUUUCGAGUUUUGGGUGAUCAUAUCUCUUGACUCGAUGGGUGGUUCUUAUCAAAACAAUGGGACGUGAUCUUUCAGAAUUUUAAAAAUUGUUGAGAGCGAUAUGUUAUAAUUUGAAUAUUUAAAUAUUUUUAGUUCGCCACGUGUGUUAUAAUAUAAAAUGUGAUUCGAAGGUUUACUGUAAACACGAAAAUAAAGACUUAAAUAUUAAAAUACUUGGGAAAGUUGAAUAGAUUAAAUAUUGAUGCAUUUCUAGUAUUAAGUAAUUCUAGGACUGCUACAUUUCGAAUAACUCAAAAAUUCAGGGGUGAAUUCGCAAAAUAUCUGAAAAGCAGGCGGGGACUUAUUGUGAAUAGAGGUGUCUGAAGGCACCUGAAUGAAAAUAAAGAAAUUUUUCUUGGUUACUACUCCAUAUUAGAUUCCUCGUUCCCAGACAGGCAGAAUCGGCUCAAAAUCCUCCGUUCUGUCCCGGAUUCCGUUUCCCUCGUACCGGAACAACCUCAAAUUUUGUGAUUUCAAUGGCGCCGCCGCCCUCGGAUCCAUCGAACCUGGAAGUGAUCAGGAGGCAGAAGAAAGGCGCUCCCUUUAAAUUCUUGGUUCCUCUAAUCUACGCUCCUGUUCUUCCCCUCAUUCGGCUUUCGCUCCGGCACAGGCCGGUCUUGAGGGACCGGUUGUUUACUGCAGUGUUGGCGGGAGCUUUCGCGCAUGGGUUUUACUUGGUGACCGACAUAUACGAUGCUGAGAGCAAGUGAUUUGGUUCAAACAAGGAUGGAAUAAUUCGACUUCAUGGAUGGCUUACAAGUCUCAGGUCUUCAGCCUACCGUAUGCAGCUUCAGUUUACUUAGUUGUUUUUUAUAAACAUCGAGUUAUUAUUCUUUUCCAACUACCACAGGUGGUUUUUGCUCUUUUGAAGCUUCACCACAGCGACAGCCAGAUUUCAAUUGGAUUCUUAAUUUUCAGGAGAACUGUUGAUUAUGCUCAAAACCAUGUAUUUUAAUCAUUUUUAGUGAAAGUACAACCAACAUAAUUGUUGUUUCAGGAACAUUAUACGAUAAUCUGUUGUGUUCUUCUUUAUCUUGCAACAGUAUUUCAUAAAUGUUGGAAGCCAUGUUGAGCUGGGACAAGAAUUCAUUGUAUUAUCCGAAGAGAUUCUCUUAGAAAAACAUUGACAUGCAUGCAUUUGUAUGCUGUCGUUCUAUGAA